AUGGGCUCUUACAAGCUAAUUGACACGUUUGUCAACGAUGACAUAAUUAACCAGAGAAUUUCCCUCUCGGUUCCGCUCGACCAUCGUCAUAAGAAGUCAGAAAAAAUCACCAUAGUGGCUAACAUCACCCAAAAGUACGAGAAGAAGCUCCAUCAUGAUGCCUCAAAGGUCACUUUUCCAAGAGAUUCGAAGCCAAUUGCGUAUAUUCAGGGAGGACCUGGUUUUUCAUGUACCGUUCCUUUAUCUAAUAGUGGUUUAACGAAGGUGCUCUUGGAUAAUGGUUACCAGAUCAUCUUCUACGAUCAAAGAGGAACCGGCCUCAGUACUCCGCUUGAAACAAAACAGCUUUUAGACUUUGGCACUGUUGAUGAGGCAGUGGAGUAUUUGACUCGUUUCCGUGCUGACUCAAUUGUUGAGGACUUGGAACAUAUAAGAUCAGAGCUUUUUGGUAAACAGAAAUGGCUGAUUAUGGGACAAUCAUUUGGUGGGUUCUGCUGUUUCACUUACUUAUCAUUUCACCAAGAAUCAUUGGAGUCCGUCUUUGUUACCGGCGGUGUUCCACCUGUGGGUUAUAUUGCCGAUGACGUCUAUUCACAGACGUACAAGCGUACAGCGGAAAGAAACGUACAUUUCUACGCCAAAUACCCGCAAGAUAAACUACGUGUCAAGGAGAUCCUCAGAUACUUGAGAAAAAAUGAGGUCAUUUUACCUGAUGGUGGCCGCUUAUCCGUGGAGAGAUUUCAGCAGCUCGGACUCAACUUUGGCGGGUCUGGCGGUACUGACUCCUUGCACCAAGUGGUGGUUGAGUUUUCCUGGGCACUCGAAUCAAUUGGGCAUCCAACUUACGCUGUGUUGUCAAAAAUUCAGCUGAUGUCCAGAUUUGAUACGAACAUUUUGUAUGCUUUGUUUCAAGAAUGCAUCUAUGCUGACGGCAAGGGCAAGGCUACAGAUUGGGCUGCUGAUAGAUUACGUUAUGCAGAUGGUAACGAGCAAUUCGUGCUCAAUGAUGAGCUUCUUCGCUCGGAAAAGCCCGUAUACUUCACAGGAGAGAUGGUAUAUAAGUCUAUGUUUGAUGACUACGCCCAGCUUCGUCCGCUUAAGGAGAUUGCAAUGGCACUCCAUUCGUACAGUGACUGGACACCUCUCUACGGCCCAUCAGGGUUCCGCACUUUGACUUGGGAAAAGGUUCCUGUUGUUGCUGCUACCUAUUAUUACGAUCAAUACGUUGAUUUUGACCUCACCAUGAGACGAGUUCUUCCACAACGGUCUUGGCGCUAA